AGAAAAUAUUCUUUGUCGUGGACAAUCAGCUGAGACAUUUUCGAAGAAUAUUGUGUUAAGUAAUUGAGUUUUGAUGAUGUCACACACUUUUGAUGAAGAGUUUGAAUUAAGUUUAAAGAAUGUAAAUCAGAGAUUCAUUUGUCCCAUCUGUUUAGCUUUGAUGUCGAAACCAAUGCAGACAAAAUGUGGCCAUCGUUUCUGUAAGAAAUGUAUUUUUGGUGUUAUUGCGGGUCGUGAUCGAGUAAAAUGUCCAGUAGACAACAAUUUCUUUUGGGUUCAAUCAGAUUCUCAUGUCACCAACUGUCAAUUUGUAUUCAUAAAUUGUGAACUGUGUGGUAAAGAUGUCCUCUCAAAGACGUUUGUGACACACAAAAACAUAGAUUGUCCUUGUAGAAGUGUUUUGUGUGAACUUUGUGAAGAAGAGGUACCAUAUAACAAUAAAUUGAAACAUCAAGUGUUGAGCUGUGAGUUAUUUCCUGUUGGUUGUCCCCAGUGUGGUCAGAAAGAUAUCCAAAGAAAGGACAUUGCUCAGCACAUUGACCAAGCAUCUGGCCAUUGUCCUCUUACACUUAUUUCUUGUCAGUAUCAUCCAUUUGGCUGCACACACAUGGACUAUCGUAAAAACAUGUCUUACCACAUAUCACAUGCUGUUGAGUAUCAUAAUGUUCUGUUGAUGAAAUUUCUGCAAAAUCUUGAGAAAAGACUCGAAUCCAUUGAACAAAACUUUGACUCCAAUAUCAAUCUGUCGUCAAACAUCAGCAAUAAGAUUGAACAGAUGCAACGGGCCAUUAGUAUGAGAGAUACUGUUCAAAACAUCUUCAAAGAGAAAUAUUCUGGCUGUCUUUUAUGGCAGAUAGACCUAAACUCAAACGGGUGUGUUUUCAUCAGUCCAUCAUUCUACACGGCAAACCCUGGAUACAGAAUAGAGGCACAGCUGGAUAUUUCUGGUUGUCAAGAUUCCAUUCUGUAUAUCACUUUCUCCCUAUCCUUAAAGGAGGGUAUGUAUGAUGAUGUAUUAGUGUUCCCGUUCUCUGGAGCAUGUCUUGUCACUGUUUUUGACCAGAUGGCCUCCAACUGCAAAGAAAAUUACAGUCUGUUCAUUGAAUGUUCACAAUUACAGCGAUACAAUGAGAACUGUCCUGGUUCCUCCCCAUUCCAAGUCUGCCAUAAAUUAAUGAAGGCUGAGGAUUUCUUCAGCCCACGUUACAUAAAGAAUAAAACUGUCUUUUUAGAAGUGAAAGUUAUGCAAGCUGUUCAAUCACAAAGUCAAGUGAAAUAUAGUCUCAUGAAUCAAAAGAAUCACUCCUACUUGAGGCAAUAAGGUGUCAUGAUACCAACUGAAGGUUUAAAGGUCCAUAUCCUGUUUCUCAUGAAACAGUUUUCAUGGUUCUCAUUGGUUUGCAUCACCUAGCACUGAAUUAGUACCAUAGCUAUGUAGAGAUCAUUAUUAUAAGCAGCGUAAUCCUUGAAUAAUUAUUUUGGUAAUUAGAGUUCAUCCUCCAGUAGGCUUAGGGAAUGUAACAAAAGAAACUACUUCAAUGAAUUCUUCAUUGUACAUGUUUCACUCACAGAAAGAAUUGUCUACAACUUAAUGGUUCAUUUAUUUACAAAAGAAAAACAAUAUUCUAAUUUAUCUAUUCUUGGCAGGAUUUGAAUUUUCAUUCAUUAAAAAAACAGAAAUUCACUUUUCUACCCCAUUGUAACUAUGUAGUAUCAUAAUGAACUAAACCAUUUCAAAGCUAAGUGUAGAUGUAGUUCAUUGUUUCCAAACUGACAAGAAUUUUUGCUUUCUAAUUUUAAAAUUUUUCUUGUAUAUUAUUUAUUGUAAUUAUUUUUCAUUGAAUCUAUGUAUGAGAAUUUUUAAACAAACAAUCUCUUUCACUUAUCAGCAACAAUUUUUAUUUUCUCAUAAAUUUAUGCUUUUAUCAACCUCAUUUUAUACCUCAACUUAAAUGUUGAAUGGAUAGUUUUAAACUCUUGUAUAAAAGAAGCAAGCUGCAAUGUUAUAAAGUACAGAAACAGAAUAAAAUAAUAUACUACCACCUUUA